AUGGAAAGCCAAUUUGAUGCUCAUAACGGUGUCCGCAAUCCUUGUCUUCACAUUGGCGAUCGCGUUCCAACCGAGUUGUGGAACGGUAAACGUGUCGGCGGCACAAUUGUUCGCUUUACUGGUAAUACAAUGGCUCAAAUUAACGUUCAAGGCGAUAUUAUUGUUCGUCAUUUCAAUCAGUUAUGGAAGCGCCAUCCGCUGUAG